GGGCGCCGGGCGCACACCGGCCGGCGGGGCUGAGGCGGCGCGACGCGGACGGAGCCCCAGGCGGAGGCCAAGUCGGAGGACGCGGCGCGGGCGCGGAGGCGGAGGCAGAGGCAGCCGCGGAGGCGGAGGCGGCCGGCGGGGGGUGGCGAGGGGCGCCGGGCCCCCGCGGACCUGUCGUCCUCGGCCCGUCCUCCAGCCCCGGCCCCGCGCGCCUGAGGAGGCGCGGCCGGGACCAUGUCGGCGGGCGGCCGUGACGAGGAGCGGCGGAAGCUGGCCGACAUCAUCCACCACUGGAACGCCAACCGGCUGGACCUAUUCGAGAUCAGCCAGCCGACCGAGGAUUUGGAGUUCCAUGGAGUGAUGAGAUUUUAUUUUCAAGAUAAAGCUGCUGGAAACUUUGCAACAAAAUGUAUUCGGGUCUCUAGUACUGCCACCACUCAAGAUGUAAUCGAAACGCUUGCGGAGAAAUUUCGACCUGAUAUGCGAAUGCUGUCCUCUCCCAAGUAUUCACUCUAUGAAGUGCAUGUCAGCGGAGAAGAAAGAAGAUUGGAUAUAGAUGAGAAACCUCUAGUUGUACAGUUGAAUUGGAACAAAGAUGAUCGGGAAGGUAGAUUUGUUCUUAAGAAUGAGAAUGACGCCAUUCCUCCUAAGAAGGCUCAAAGUAAUGGACCUGAAAAGCAGGAAAAAGAAGGGGUUAUCCAGAACUUCAAGAGAACUCUCUCAAAGAAAGAAAAGAAGGAAAAAAAGAAGAGAGAAAAAGAGGCAUUGCGACAGGCAUCUGAUAAAGAUGAUAGACCUUUCCAAGGGGAGGACGUUGAAAAUUCUCGACUGGCUGCUGAGGUUUACAAAGACAUGCCUGAAACCAGCUUUACUCGAACCAUUUCUAAUCCUGAGGUGGUUAUGAAACGACGGAGGCAGCAAAAAUUGGAAAAGAGAAUGCAGGAAUUUCGGAGCUCAGAUGGGCGGCCUGAUUCAGGUGGAACAUUGAGAAUUUAUGCAGAUAGUUUAAAACCAAAUAUUCCCUAUAAGACAAUCCUGCUGUCUACUACAGAUCCUGCAGACUUUGCUGUGGCUGAAGCUUUAGAGAAGUAUGGUCUGGAAAAAGAAAACCCUAAGGAUUACUGCAUCGCCCGGGUUAUGCUUCCUCCUGGAGCCCAGCAUUCUGAUGAAAAGGGUGCUAAAGAAAUUAUUCUUGAUGAUGAUGAGUGUCCUUUACAGAUCUUCAGGGAAUGGCCAAGUGACAAAGGGAUUUUAGUCUUUCAGUUGAAGAGGAGGCCACCAGACCACAUCCCAAAGAAAACCAAGAAACACUUGGAAGGCAAGACACCCAAGGGAAAGGAGAGAGCUGACGGGUCUGGCUAUGGCUCCACCCUUCCUCCGGAGAAGCUGCCCUAUUUAGUAGAGUUAAGCCCAGGGAGAAGGAAUCACUUUGCCUACUACAACUAUCACACUUAUGAAGAUGGUUCUGACUCUAGAGAUAAGCCAAAGCUUUACCGCCUUCAGUUAAGUGUUACUGAAGUUGGGACAGAAAAGUUGGAUGACAACUCUAUCCAGUUGUUUGGCCCAGGAAUUCAGCCCCAUCACUGUGACCUCACCAACAUGGAUGGAGUGGUCACUGUGACGCCCAGAAGUAUGGACGCAGAAACCUACGUGGAAGGCCAGCGCAUCUCGGAAACCACCAUGCUGCAGAGUGGCAUGAAAGUGCAGUUUGGGGCAUCCCAUGUAUUUAAGUUUGUGGACCCCAGUCAGGAUCAUGCUCUUGCAAAAAGAUCUGUGGAUGGAGGCCUGAUGGUUAAGGGCCCGAAACAUAAACCUGGAAUUGUUCAGGAGACAACUUUUGAUUUGGGAGGAGAUAUUCAUAGUGGGACAGCAUUACCGACAAGCAAGAGCACCACUAGGCUGGACAGUGACAGAGUGUCAUCUGCCUCUAGCACAGCUGAGCGGGGAAUGGUGAAACCGAUGAUCAGAGUAGAGCAGCAGCCAGAUUAUCGCAGGCAAGAAAGCAGAACGCAGGAUGCUUCUGGGCCUGAACUGAUACUACCUGCAAGCAUUGAAUUCAGGGAAAGUUCUGAAGAUUCAUUUUUGUCUGCCAUUAUAAAUUAUACUAAUAGCUCUACAGUCCACUUUAAGUUGUCCCCUACAUAUGUAUUAUAUAUGGCAUGCCGGUAUGUAUUGUCCAACCAGUACAGACCUGACAUCAGCCCUACAGAGCGCACACAUAAAGUCAUUGCAGUCGUCAACAAGAUGGUGAGCAUGAUGGAGGGCGUCAUCCAGGAAGUAGACCAGGUUGACCAGAAACAGAAGAAUAUUGCAGGGGCACUUGCCUUCUGGAUGGCAAAUGCAUCUGAACUUCUCAACUUCAUUAAGCAAGACCGAGACCUUAGUCGGAUCACAUUGGAUGCUCAAGAUGUUUUAGCACAUUUGGUUCAAAUGGCAUUUAAAUACUUGGUUCACUGUCUUCAAUCAGAACUUAAUAAUUACAUGCCAGCCUUUCUAGAUGACCCUGAAGAGAACAGUCUGCAGAGACCAAAAAUAGAUGAUGUGCUGCACACGCUCACAGGAGCCAUGUCCUUGCUACGACGCUGCAGAGUCAAUGCCGCCCUGACCAUCCAGCUCUUCUCUCAGCUCUUCCACUUUAUCAAUAUGUGGCUGUUCAAUAGAUUGGUGACUGACCCAGAUUCAGGGCUGUGCUCCCAUUACUGGGGUGCAAUUAUCCGUCAGCAGUUGGGACAUAUUGAAGCCUGGGCUGAGAAGCAGGGGCUGGAGCUGGCUGCGGAUUGUCAUCUGAGCAGGAUCGUGCAGGCAACGACUUUGCUUACCAUGGAUAAGUAUGCACCUGAUGACAUUCCAAAUAUAAACAGCACCUGCUUUAAGUUAAAUUCACUACAACUUCAAGCCUUAUUACAGAACUAUCACUGUGCACCUGAUGAGCCUUUUAUCCCAACGGAUCUUAUAGAAAAUGUAGUGGCUGUGGCUGAAAACACUGCUGAUGAGCUGGCCCGCAGCGAUGGAAGGGAAGUGCAGCUGGAGGAAGAUCCUGAUCUGCAGCUGCCGUUUCUUUUGCCAGAAGAUGGUUAUUCUUGUGAUGUUGUCAGAAACAUUCCAAAUGGUUUACAAGAAUUUUUAGACCCUCUGUGCCAGAGAGGAUUUUGCAGAUUAAUUCCUCACACACGUUCACCAGGUACUUGGACAAUAUAUUUUGAAGGUGCAGAUUAUGAAAGUCACCUUCUGCGUGAGAACACAGAGCUGGCUCAGCCUCUGAGGAAAGAACCUGAAAUAAUCACUGUGACCCUAAAAAAGCAGAACGGAAUGGGCCUUAGCAUUGUUGCAGCAAAGGGUGCUGGUCAAGAUAAACUAGGAAUCUAUGUGAAAUCGGUUGUGAAAGGAGGUGCUGCAGAUGUGGAUGGACGUCUAGCUGCAGGUGAUCAGCUCCUCAGUGUGGAUGGACGAAGUCUGGUUGGACUGUCUCAGGAAAGGGCAGCAGAACUCAUGACAAGAACAAGCUCUGUGGUGACACUGGAAGUAGCAAAGCAGGGUGCCAUCUACCACGGUCUGGCCACCCUUCUCAAUCAGCCAUCUCCCAUGAUGCAGAGAAUUUCAGAUCGUCGUGGCUCAGGUAAACCCCGACCAAAGAGUGAAGGCUUUGAGCUCUAUAAUAAUUCAACUCAAAAUGGGUCUCCUGAGAGUCCUCAGCUGCCUUGGGCAGAAUAUAGUGAACCAAAGAAAUUGCCUGGCGAUGACAGACUGAUGAAAAAUAGAGCUGAUCACCGUUCCAGCCCCAACGUAGCAAAUCAGCCUCCUAGUCCUGGAGGGAAAAGUGCAUAUGCCUCUGGAACAACAGCGAAGAUAACAUCUGUCUCUACUGGAAACCUCUGCACUGAGGAGCAGACGCCUCCGCCUAGACCUGAAGCCUAUCCCAUCCCCACUCAGACAUACACCAGAGAGUAUUUUACCUUCCCAGCUUCCAAAUCCCAGGAUCGGAUGGCUCCUCCUCAGAACCAGUGGCCAAAUUAUGAGGAAAAGCCACAUAUGCACACAGAUAGUAAUCAUUCCAGUAUUGCAAUUCAGCGUGUUACACGUUCCCAAGAAGAACUUCGAGAAGAUAAAGCUUACCAACUUGAGCGGCAUCGAAUAGAGGCAGCUAUGGACCGAAAGUCUGAUAGUGAUAUGUGGAUAAAUCAGAGCUCCUCAUUGGACUCCAGUACGUCUAGCCAAGAGCAUCUGAACCAUUCCUCUAAGUCGGUCACCCCUGCUUCCACACUGACCAAAAGUGGCCCUGGCCGCUGGAAAACACCAGCAGCCAUACCGGCCACCCCUGUGGCCGUCUCCCAGCCAAUCCGAACAGACCUGCCUCCGCCACCCCCGCCACCUCCCAUCCACUAUGCCGGUGAUUUCGAUGGAAUGUCCAUGGAUUUGCCUCUCCCACCACCCCCUUCUGCCAACCAGAUAGGGCUGCCGUCUGCGCAGGUGGCUGCUGCCGAACGGAAAAAGAGAGAAGAACAUCAGCGUUGGUAUGAGAAGGAGAAGGCCCGCCUGGAGGAGGAGCGGGAGAGGAAGCGGAGAGAGCAGGAGAGGAAGUUGGGCCAGAUGCGCACUCAGUCUUUAAACCCUGCUCCGUUUUCUCCCCUGACCGCACAGCAGAUGAAGCCCGAAAAGCCUUCCACGCUCCAGCGGCCCCAGGAAACAGUCAUUCGGGAGCUGCAGCCUCAGCAGCAGCCCCGCACGAUUGAGCGCAGAGACUUGCAGUACAUCACAGUCAGCAAAGAGGAGCUUUCCUCGGGAGACAGUCUGUCCCCUGACCCGUGGAAGCGGGACGCCAAGGAGAAGCUGGAGAAGCAGCAGCAGAUGCACAUCGUGGACAUGCUGAGCAAGGAGAUCCAGGAGCUCCAGGGCAAACCGGACCGCAGCGCCGAGGAGAGCGACCGGCUGCGCAAGCUCAUGCUGGAGUGGCAGUUCCAGAAGAGACUCCAGGAGUCGAAGCAGAAGGACGAAGAUGACGAGGAGGAGGAGGACGACGAUGUGGACACCAUGCUGAUCAUGCAGCGCCUGGAGGCUGAACGAAGAGCGAGGUUGCAGGACGAGGAGCGGAGGCGGCAGCAGCAGUUAGAAGAGAUGCGCAAGCGGGAAGCGGAAGACCGAGCGAGGCAAGAGGAAGAGCGCCGGCGGCAGGAGGAGGAGCGAACAAAACGAGACGCUGAAGAAAAGCAGAGGCGACAGGAAGAAGGGUAUUACAGCCGCCUGGAAGCUGAGAGGCGCAGACAGCACGACGAGGCGGCGCGCAGGUUGCUGGAGCCCGAGGCGCCCGGUCUGUGCCGCCCUCCGCUUCCCCGGGACUACGAGCCCCCGUCCCCGUCUCUCGCGCCCGGCGCCCCUCCUCCCCCGCCUCAGCGAAACGCCUCCUACCUCAAAACACAGGUCCUCUCCCCCGACUCGCUGUUCACUGCCAAGUUUGUUGCAUACAAUGAGGAGGAGGAGGAGGAGGAGGACUGCAGCCUAGCAGGUCAGGAUAAGUACUCCAGCACAAGAAAGUCUCAUGGGGACCUCCUUCCUGCCCCUCUUAAACCACGGCCACCCCCCUGCCAGCCACGCCCGGCCUCCGAUGGCAUCUUUCUCUCCAACUCAUUCCAGCCACCCUCAGCCAAAGCCAACAGUACUGCUCACAAAAAAGGCCAGCCCCCGCCCCCUCCAAAAAAAUCCAGCUCCUACCAUCCCAGCCACUGCAAAGGACCAAACUCUUACCCAGGAUCUACUGGAGCAGCUGUUGGAGCCCAUGACGCCUAUCGGGAUGCAAAAGAGAAGCGCUCUAAAAGCCAAGAUGCAGAUUCACCUGGAAGUUCUGGGGCCCCUGAAAACUUGACAUUCAAGGAACGCCAGCGUCUUUUUUCACAAGGUCAAGAUGUAUCCAAUAAAGUGAAAGCUUCUCGUAAAUUAACAGAACUGGAGAAUGAACUGAACACAAAGUGAAAGAAAAUAGGGGAACACUUUGUAUUUACCCCAAAAUCUUUUCAGUUUGGGUUUGUAGGUGCGAGUUUGAAGAGGAAAGAGGAAGGGGGUUUUAUUUCCAAGUGAUUUACAAUUUCUGUUUCUAAAAUUGUUGGGAUUUAGAAAUGUUUGAAUUCCAAGAAAUUUUAUUUUACUUUACCAUGAGAUUGCCAUUUAUGUGAUUUAAACACUGUCUAGUUUCUUAAUUAUCUAACUCACAUGAGGGUAAGUUUUUUGUUGGUUUCUUUUUUGGAGUCCUGAGUUCAAAGGGGACAGAACUGAGGGCAGGAGGAGAGAAUGGAUGUGUCUUCUCUCCCAUCUUCCCCUCAUCAUCAACCGAGGAGCACAAAGAAGUUCUGUUUCUGUUUUUUUCAGAAACUUUAUUUUAGCUGUCAAGCAGAGAAUAGCUUGAACUAUUCAGACUAUUGUGGGCACUGUUUAGUAGUGACCACACACUCUUCUACCCGGGAAGGAACAUAUGGCGACAUGCUCCUCCCGUGUCCCCUGAUGGUGUCUGUUCCCACAACAUCCUUCUAGUCUGCAUCGUGAAACGGCUUAGGCCAAAGCUUCCUGGGCGAUGACGCACGUCUGAGACUGUUCCAUCUCAUUCCUCGCAAAUUUCAGCUCUUCUGAUCAAUUCUAAAUAUUUGAUUAAUUUUAAUUCUGAAAGAAAAUUUUGAGGAUUUAAGCUUAGGGGAUUUUAUUUUUAUAAAUACCAGAUUGUUAGACUUAAUAAAUCACUGGUAAAUUUAAAGAUGACAGUUACAUUAGAAAGUUAACUAAUACUUCAGCUGUUCCAAGGCAUCUGUAAAAGAAGAGAUCUUUAUUGGAGCAAUGUUCAUGUGACUGGGAAUGGCAGAAGAAUGGGAGAUGAGUAGGGACCCCCUCAAGCACAGCUGUCACUCAGAAAUUUUAAAUUUGAAAAAGAAAUAGAUUUUCAUCUGUAUGCCGUCAAGGAAGGAAUUCAAUUACAGGGCAUCUGUAACUUAAAUAUUGUAAGAAUAACUCAUAUGGAAGUUCAAGCUAUUUUUAUAUUUAAUUUUAAUUUGUUGAAUUAUGAGUUACCACUGUCAUUUCUUCAGCUAUGGAUAUGUGGCUGAUGUUGGGGAGACGGACCUCAGUGUGUUUUAUAUUGUCUGGUGUUAAGAUGAUGAAUAACUUUGCGAUUACAAGCAAGUUUUCUAUUUGACAAAGCCCUUGGUGGAGUCCAAAUGAUUUUUCUGUACCAUAUUGUUCUCUUACACAUUCGUAUGUUAGGAAAAUAGGCACACUUGCAAAGAGAAUGUUCUCUUAUACAUAUGUUAGGAAAAUAGGCAUACUUUCCUAUAAAGAGAGGUAUAGGGGCUUUUACUGCCUUCAAAAUCACUUUUAAUAAGAGUUGUAUGAUAAAUCAUUAAAAAUGCGAGUGUAAAUAUUUUUUUAUGUCUAUCAGGUUUUUUAUUUGAAAGUGUGCUCUUACCAUUUCCUUGUUUGAGUAAGAGAGUGAAAUGGUUCUGAGUGUUUAGGAAGGAUUUGCUUGCUUGCAGCGGAAGUUCUAGGAGGAGCAAGCGCCUCCCAAAUAUCUUGAGAACACUGGCAGCCUUAUGGUGACUAAAUCCACACUUUCUUUAAAGAGAUGCAGAUGAAUUACUUUUCUGUUAAUAUAUAGAAAAAUACACAGUAGAACAUGCAGAUACAUGUAAAUAUCUACAUACAGGGAUAUUUGUAUGUGUGGUUGUGAAACCUAUACACAAGUGAAUUUGGCCAUCUUUGGGCAGUGAGGUCAAAUGUGAAUAUGUGUAAAAGUGCUUUUCAGAACUGUGCAUUACUAUGAGAAAACAUCAAAACUGCUGUAGUUUUCCAUUUCUACUGUAUUUCAGUUGCAACCUAUUUUUAAUAAACUUUGUAUGUAUUUAAGUGUAUUUGCUACUGUUUUGAAAGUGCUGACAAAGUUUAUAUUUGUAACAUCAGCCUUCCUCGCCCGUCUCUUUCCAUCUGUCUAUUCUUCAUUAAACACUUACUGAGUAUGA